GCUUUUGCCCUGACACAGAUUCGGUUCGCGCGCCGAGUUCGGCUGACGCAUUAGUGACCUGUGGCAGACAGAGACUCUCGAUAGUGGGCUCAGAUUCGCAGGGGGCUCGCUUGCUUCAGGCACAUCCGUUACCUCACGGAAUAGUUCACGAUGCCAGCCUUAGAUUAGUCGUCAGUGGCUUCUCGUGAUACGCGCUAGUGUCUCGCUUCUCCGUAGCUUGUGAUUAUGGAUUCAUGCUUUCUAGCCUAACGUCGUGCCGUAAACGUUAGGUCGUGCAAGUAGCCGCCGGUUAGCUAGUUAUUCUCUGGCUUCUCUUAACGUCGGUGCUCGUUUUAGCUGCGGUGUGAGCAGCGACCAAGGCUUCGUAGGUAGCUAACUAUUAGGGUUUCGUAGUUAUGGACUUCUUCAAAGCUGUGUUGUUCCAGGACGACGAGGAGGAGGAGGAGUCUCCUGAGACAGAAGGGGUUGACAACAAAGGAGGCGAAGGAGACAAACCCUCAGAGGAAACCGCGGGAGAUGGUGAGAUUGAAGAGGAGGAGGAGGCGGAGGAAGAGCAGCCUUCAGCCUUCAGCGGUGCCUGGAAUCUCGGCAGUCUGCUGCAGACCAUCGCCACCAAAUCAGAGGAGGUGCUGCGCGAGUACCAGGCGGAGCUGCAGGAGUUCGGCGAGGGGCUCAAGAAGGAGACGGAGGAGCUGGUGGAAACCACCGCCACCACCGUGCACGACCUGCCCUCCUCGCUCGAGUCCGGCGCUCAAGUGGCUCAGAGUUCACUGGAGGGCGUGGGCCACACAAUCGAGGAGUUUGGCUCGUCUCUAUGGAAGGGCACGACUGAGAUCCUGGCGUCGGUAAAAGAGGCGGUGGCCAUGGUGGAGGAGGAGGUGGCGGCCAACGCCGCUGGCGGCAGACCCAGAGCGCCCUCCGCUGCUGCUGGGCUCACCUCAGCCAUUCCCAGGGGCAAGUACAGCCGCUAUGAAGCGCUGGUGAGCGCCAUGCAGAGGGACAGCAGCACGUACUGCGACGAGCCGGAGGACACGGAGGACUUUGCCAAGUGGAUCGAGUCGUUUGACCUCAAGAACAGGGAGGCUGACGUGGAGGCAGUGCUGAAGGACAAUGCAUUCAUGCAGGAGCUGCAAUCACGCAUAGUGCCACUGAUUGUGGAGCGCGAGACCUUCUGGACGCGCUACUUCUACCGCCUCUACCGCCUGCAGCAGGCAGAGGACGCCCGUGCCGACCUCGUUAAGAGGGCAACGACAUCGGAGGAGGAGGACCUGAGCUGGGAUGUGGAUGACGAUGCAGACGACGCCCACAGCAGCCCUGCUGCCACCCAUGCUGCCACGGGUAAAAGGGAUGCUGCUGCUGAUGCUGCUGGUGCUUCUGCUGCUGCUGGUGCUGUCGCUGCUGCUGGCGGCAGUGACCCUGCUGCCGCGUCCCCUUCGAAGGAGCCUGAGGAGGGAGCAGCCUUUGUGGCAGGGGAAGCAUAUGCAGCAGCUGCUGGUGCUGGUGCUGAAAGGGAAUCAGCUGCUAACGAGGAUGGCUCAGCAGGUGCACCGAAUGACGGGAAGAGGAAGGGAGAAGCACAAGACGGAGAAGGAGAGGAAGGGGAGAAAGAGAGAGGGCCAACAGCGACAUCACAGCAACCAGCAGAGCCCAGUAACCGCAGCAGCAGCAGUGACAGCUCAGCAGGCAGCGAGUGGCAAGUGGUCUCUAAAGAUGAUGCUUCUAAGGAAGACGGACUGAAGGCACCACAACCCCCUGCUCUUCCUACUGCUGCUGCUGCUACCGCUGAUCCGGCUGCUGCUGCUGCCACUGCUGCUGCUGCAGUGAGCUCAGAUGCAGCAGAGGAACCGCCUCGUACAGACACUCCUGCUUCGGAUGUUGCAGAUCCGGCAGCUUUGAGCGCCGAGCCUACAGCUGAGGCCAUAGGUGCUGCCAGCACUUCGGUUGCAACAAUGGAAGACGGCAGAGGAGGGGAGAAGAGAGAAGGAAAGGCGGGAGAGGAGAAGGGAGCAAGGGGCAAGAAGGAAGGUGGAGAUGGAGAGGAGGAUGAGGAUUGGGGGGAGUGGGAAUGAGAAGCGCAAGCCACCGAGAAUUUGUUGUGUCCCGUAUGAAACAAUAAGUGUGUUCACGAGUUUAAUGCAACUGAUUGCGUAUCUUGCUUGCCAGUGUUCAAAUUAUAUAUAUUGUUAUAUAAUUGGUAGGCUUGGUAGGUUAUCGAACUCUACAGUAGAAGGUACAAUCCCCUCCUUGUAUGCCUCUCUCUCUUCUAGUUCUCCCACUUUUUCUCUCGUCAU